ACAUACCGAGAAAUGUAUCAUUCAUUAGCGUUCAUUUCAAAACAUUGUUACUAUAAAUAUUUUCUAAAAAAAAUACUACCAAAUGCCACCACUGUUGGAAAUUUGUGUCGACUCGUUUGAAUCGGCCGUGGCCGCCGUUCGGGGUGGUGCCGAUCGCCUGGAAGUUUGUGCUGCCCUUAGCGAGGGCGGAUUAACUCCUUCCGUUGGAUUGCUGAGCGAAAUCAAGUGCUUUAUUCAGAAAAACAACCACCGCACAAAGCUUUAUGCGAUGAUCCGUUGCCGCCAAGGUAGUGAUUUCUGUUACAGUGAGCCUGAGAUGAAUGCCAUGGUGCAUGAUUUGAAGUUGUUGGCCCACGACGGUGCUGAUGGUUUCGUUUUUGGUGCCUUGACCGACGAUGGAAAUAUUCAUGCCGACCAAUGUCGGAUGAUUGUGACGGCGGCACAGACGUUUGGGCUAUCGAUUACAUUCCAUAGAGCUUUCGAUUGUACCGAGGUCGGACGAAUGGCGGAGAAUCUGAAACUUGUUGCAUCCCUGGGAUUCAGUACGAUACUUACCAGUGGCUUCGAAAGGACGGCUGUUGAAGGAUUGCAAAAUGUGGUUCAAUUGGUGAAUAUAGCGGAGCAAAUUAGAGAACAAGGAACAAAAAUGGUUAUUAUGCCCGGUUCCGGUGUUACGACGGAAAAUGCCCAGAACAUUGUACAAACAACGAAAUGCUGUGCGAUUCACGCUUCGGCAAGAUCACUAAAGAAGACUGACCCCGUGUGUGCACUGCCAAUGGGUAGCGUUUCCACUGUUGGCGACGGAUUGUUAGUUUGUGAUGAAAAUAUUGUUAGGUUAAUAAAAAUUCAAAUAGCUACUGAAGUCAUAUGAGGAUGUGAUAACAUUUCCGAUUUGGUAGUAACGUUGUUUGAAUUAAAAUGUAUAAUUAAAUAUAUUUUUGUUCAGUGUGUAGAGGGUCUCAUGAAGAAUUUCAUUUGAUCAGUUUAAUGGCAUCACUCUUCCACUUGUUCUACAAAAACGAAAAAAAAACA